AUGUCACAAUCUACACAAGCUAGCCAAGAGUCACAACGCCAAACCGAUACACCUUCCCCAAAUACCACCACCUCAACACCUCUGUCCACUCCCAACUCAUUGCAUUCUUCCAGUUUCCUACACGAUCAUUCAGCUUCGGGGCAAACGGGUAAACAUAAAUCCGCCUUUCUACCAUAUCGACCACAGACCACCGUCCUCACCAAUCUUCAAAGAGGUAAUACAGAAGCCACAUUUUGUCCCGUUGAAGUCAAACUAUCAUUUCAUGAACGGGCCGGACAAGGUGAACUGACAGAUGAACAAAUUUUACAGCAGAAAGCCAUAAAUAUCGACUUUAAAGAUAGUUUCGGGUUUACACCUUUGCAUUGGGCCUGUUACUAUGGCCAAUUUGCCACGGUACAAUCAUUGGUUGAGGCCGGUGCCAAUAUCAAUGAAGAGGCCCCGGAAAUGGUCACCCCUUUAAUACUGGCCGCCUCGGGUGGUCAUCAUGAAGUUGUCCGGUUACUUUUGGAUAAGGGUGCUGACUCGACACAUAUGGAUAUUGUGGGUAAUACAGCGUUGAUGUAUGCCGCUGCUGGUAAUCAUCCGCAUACUUGUAAUGAGAUAUUAUCCCGUGACCCGGAUAUGACGGCGACAAAUGAAAAUGGUGAUACGGCCUAUGCUUUGGCCAUAGAGAAUGGUUCCACGUUAUCACAAGCUGUCCUGGAACAAUAUUUAACGGCUGUUUUGUCGUUAUGA